AUGUCUGAAGCAUUGACAAAAGUCUAUCUCUAUGCAAAUUUUCAAUUCGAAUUUUUAUUAAACCUUGAUCAACUAGCAAGUGUUUCAUCGUCGUCUGCUCAAACAAAAUCUUCAAAUGUGUCUUGGCAAGUACCAUUAAAUAAUUCUUUAACUAAUAUUCAUAGAAUAACUAUUGAACAACCGAUGAUUUAUCUAUUUGUUUCACGCCACGCAUCAACUAUAAGCAUUUUCAUUCAAUUAAAAACUGAUCUUAAAAAGUAUGUUAAUACAAAUGAAAACGAUUUCCAAGCUGCUCUACUCGAUUUACUUGUUCAAUUACUUUUAAUUCGUGUUGAUUAUAGUUUAUUAGAUGGUGAUGAAAGUCAAUCACUUUUCGAUAUUUAUUCCAUACAAUUAACACUAUUUGAUGUUAUAUUAUCAAUUCCGUUACAACCAAUUGAUCGAUUUGUUGUUGCUUUUCGAGCAUUAACAAAUAGAAAUGUUCAAUUUUUUUUAGGAUAUUCAUCAUCAAACUAUAAAUAG